UGGACCUACGCAAGGGCAGAGGGGUUUUGUUUGGGUAGGUUAAGUACUCCAGAGGAAAGCCGUCUUGUGCAACAUUUUUUUAAAAAGCGUUUUAUUUAAUUUUCUUCGAAUCGAAGAUGACCACAGCAGUGGCUUCGCCUUUUGACUUCAGCGAAGUGAUGAACAAGAACAAAAUGCUGAACUUCAAGAACAACAUACUAACCGGCCCUCACGGGUUGUCAAUGCCCUUCUCCAGUACCAACAUGUCCAGCUCAACCCUGCUGGACAGGAAGGCGGUGGGCACCCCAUCAGCCGGGGCCAGCAUGUACCAGCGACGGCACUCGGUCACCCUACCCAGCAGCUCCAGACUCAACCACAACCAGUUUCUCAAUAUGACCAAGCCCUCUGACAUGUCCCUGCUGAAUGUUGGGUUAGUGGGGCACAGUAUGGGAAGCAGCAGCAGCAGCAGCAGCAUCAUCAUGAACAACAACAACAAUGGGAGCAACAAGGAGAACCGCCUUAGGGAGCGCUCCUUCUCAGAGACGGGUGAGCGCCUCUUGCACAAGGGCGGUGUUGGUCUGACCCUCGGUCCCCUCCCUCCGGCCACCUCCCCCACCAGUGAUGGCAACAGCCCCUGCACCCCGACCGGGCAGGUGAACUCCAGCCGUUACAAGACAGAGCUGUGCCGGCCCUUCGAGGAGAACGGCACCUGCAAGUAUGGCGACAAGUGCCAGUUUGCCCACGGCGGCCAUGAGCUGCGCAGCCUGAGUCGCCACCCCAAGUACAAGACGGAGUUGUGCCGCACCUUCCACACCAUUGGCUUCUGCCCGUAUGGCCCGCGCUGCCACUUCAUCCACAACGCCGAGGAGCGCCGGGGACCGCCGUCCGCUCCCAUGUCGCCCCUCUCUGCCUCCAACGGGAAGCUGGAUCGGCCACGGCUGCACCACAGCUUCAGCUUCGCCGGCUUCCCCAGCAUGGGCUGCGCCUCCUCCUCCUCAUCCUCCUCCUCUUCCUCCUCAGGCGGGUGCGUCGGCAGCUACCUGCGGGACGGCCCCACCUCCCGCACCCCUCCCCCCAUGUUCUCGCCAGAGGAGGAGCUGCCUGAGUGGCCCAGCACCAACCCGUUCACCUUUUCCAGCCAGGAGCUGACCAACAUCUUCUGCCCAUCUCUGAGCUUGCCCUCUGGGGACCCUGCGCCAACAGCCCCUGGGGCUGCGGUCCUGGGCAGCCAGGCCCCGCCAUCCCCCACGGGCAGCAUUGGGAACGCCGGGCCAUUACUCUUCAGGGCGAUGGCCGAGUCCCCGCAGCCCUUUGAGUUUCCGUCCAGCCAGCCAGACUCUCUGUCGGACCACGAGGGCUACCACAGCAGCUCGGGCAGUAGCAGCCUCAGCGGCUCCGAGUCACCCCUGCUGGACACCAGCCGCCGCCUGCCCAUCUUCAGCCGCCUUUCCGUCUCUGACGACUAGAUGACCGGUUGGGGAUAAAAAAAAUCUAUUAAAAAAACGUCAGCACUGCGCUGAUGGUGCCUGCACUGCACUGUGCAUCAUUGGAGAUGCACAGGGAGGCAACAAACAGACGCAUGAACACUUGAGAACACGAUCGCUCCCUGUGACCCUCUGCCUUUCUCCCCUCUCCCCAAGAAGCCCUUACAUGAGGUGUGGGUACAGGGGGGUAGACUGUGUACGUUUGUUUGUUGUUUUUUCUUCUUCCUUUUGUGUCAGGUUAGCCUCUUGGUCUUCAGGAAUUAAUAAAAUACAGUGAAGUAAGGGAACUGUUCUAUUUUUUUUCUCUCUCUUUUUUUCAAAGUUCUUUCUUUUUUUUUUUUUCUAUUUGAAUAAGAAAAAAAGGAAGCAAAAAAAUCAAGGAAUGAUUCUUCUGUCUAGAAGUGCCUAAUAUCUAGCACCCACCCCACCCCCAAGAUCUCAUCUCAUGCCUUAAUGCCUGUGCGCCCAUGUGCCAACAUUGCACAGGAAUACCACAGUAGGAUCAGGUGACAGAAGAUAAAGGGUGUUUUUGUUUGAAUGUUUUUUUUUUUUUUUGUAUCGUUCCGUUUCUUCCUAUUUUUAUUGUAAGACUGUGCGGUGGAAUGUAUUGUCAUGGAGGGCGGGCUGCUCUUCGUUGAUGAACCCACUCUCAUUGUCUCGUCUGUCACGAGCUCGCUUCCUGGACUUCCUAGAUGGACUUCCCACCGACCUGCCCGGACCAAACACAGCUGUUUCGGCUUGAGUUCAAGCUAAAAGGAAAAGUAGCUUCCCAAGUGCCUAGGCUGUUUGUGUAUGUGUGAGGAGGUGGAUGCACAGAUGGGGCCUGUAAGGACUACUGAUUUAGUCGUCCCCCCCACCCCCCUUGUUCUUCCUUGAUAUACACACAAGAACAAAGCUGGAGAUGGGAGUGUGUGUGCUCUGUUUUUCUUUUUCUUUUCUUUUUUUCCUUCCCCCUUACCCCUUGUGCAGUUGCUUCCCUCUCCUUCCUUCAGCAUGUCAAUCAGGAAAAAAGCGCAACAAACGAAAAUGAGAGUAUCAAGUUUUCCCUCCUCCCCCCAAAACCCAGCCCCUUUGAAUAAGCUGCCAACUGUGGGGGGAAUUCCAACAUUCCCAUGAUCCUUCAGUGUAUCCUGCAAUUGAAACCCUGUGUUACGCAAACAUCUGCUCCUCUCCCCUUUAUCUCCUCACAUUCUUCAUCUGUACACUUUGAUUUCAUUUUUUAUUACUUAUUACAAUUGUUAUUGUUUGGAACCCUUCUCAACUGAAGGUUUUGCUUGUCACUGCUUAUUUAACUUAUCGAAACAUAUUUAUUGGUGAUCAUAUGCAUAUUUUUUUUUUUUUUUUUUUUUUUGUUAAUUGUUUGUAUUUAUCUUGUUAAUGAAACGAUAGAAUAUAUAUUUUCUUUUAUGUUAAAUUAUGAUCUUCGGUAUUAAUCUAAAGAUUGUGAAGACUUGUUAACUUCCUUUUUUCACAGUUUAAUAUAUUGUACUACAAUGACUUGUUUGCAACUACACUUUGAUAAAAUGAAACUUAAUUUAAAUCAAAAAAAGUAUGCAUUUUUGCAUUUUGAUUAUUUAUUAAAACGUAUUUCCCGAAUAUUGGACUGCAUUCAGCAAAAAUCCUGAGUAUUCAUUCCUGUGCAAAGGUAUUUUUUACUUAAUUUUAUCAAACAGGUUUACUUCACAAUUCCCCAUGCCUUCUCAAAUAGCCCUUCAUCACCAGGUCAAGUAUAGAACAGAUUUAGUCUCGGUCUACAGAAUACACACACACACUGUUGCAUGCAUUAUUGCAGGUAUGUGGGUCAGUAGCCAUGUGGUGUCUCAGUAAUGGGGAGGAGUCGGACCUCGUUCAGCCCCCCCUUUCUUUGCUGACCUCAUUAGGACAAACGGCCACUCGCUUUUGCCAAUUAACUUCAAACACUCUCACUUCAGUCAGUUCUGGGCAUGACCACGUGCCAACCGUAGCAGAGCCGCAGUAAUCCAGUAUGACUUCUUCAUACAGCACUCUGGGAAAGGAGGACAUGUGUCAUGUAGCAUUUGCUUGUGUGAACCGUUAUGUUUGUUUUAAAAACAAAAACAUACAAACAGUUGACCAGGGUGUGUGGUGGGUAUUUUUUUUUUUUUGGUUAAUUGUCAGAUGUGCAUACAGAGAGAUGUUAAGUGUUGGCAUGAGAAACGACAGACUCCGCCCUGAUUUGGUUGAAGAUUGCGUCUGGAUGUCUGGACGUUUCAAUGCUGUCUCUUGACGUUUAAGUGCCUGUUUGAUGCAUUCCACCGAGGUAAAUGUAAAAAGGUCAAAAGGCUUGCUUUGGGAAGGAAAUUCUCCAGAAUGCCUGUUUUAUUAUUAUUUUCCUCAUAGCUGGGUAGGAGUUAACACAGUUGAUGCCAAGAAAGUACCUAAGCUGUUGAAUGUAUCAUUUUAUUUUUAUUUUCCAGCAGUUGCUGUUCACUACAAUACUUCCAUGUGAUUGAUCUCCUUUGUAAUGACUGAUUACAGUUUGAACCAAUAAACCCCAUGUUUUGGAGAUUGA